AGGGAUCACCGCAUUUGAAUUCGUCACCUGUCUCUCUCUCUCUCUCUCUCUUCUUUUGUCUUCUUCUUCUGCUUCGUUGGGCGGCGAAGCUCUCGAUCAGAUCAUCUCUCGGUCUCGUGCGCGGCGGAGAUCCAGAAUAACGCGCGAUUCCCUACAAGCGGGGCCGAUCGCUUCCCCUCGUCCAGCCGAGCCCGAUGAUCCAAGAUUCCAUCGCCUUCGUCGUUGAUUAGAGCAUUCCGUCGCCGGUCCGUCCACGGUAGCCCUUCUUCGCCUUGGAUGUCCCGUGUGUUUUGAUUCGGAGGCCUGGGCGGUUUCCCGGCGUGUCGUGGAGUUCGAAGAUUUCCGUCAAGAUCUUUGAGCUAUUCCCGAGAUCCGGCGUUGUUUCAGCACCCAUAGGGUCGCAAGAACCGCUGCAGUGGUUGGAAUUUAUCGUGAGGUCAUCCUAUGCUUGGUUUCCUUAUGCGCUUUUAGGGUGGGGAACACCGGCAUUGCGGUUCUUGAUCUUGGAAGGCCUUAACCUGGGUUGAAACGCCCUCGUCCAUGACCCAAGAUUCCAACGCCUUCGUCGUGGAUUAGGGUAUCCCGUCGACAGUCCUUCCACGGCAGCCCUUCGUCUCCUUGGAGGCCCCAAUUCGGAAGCCUGGUCAAUUUCGUGGCGUCUCGUGGAGUUCGAGGGUUUCUUUCGGGAGUCACGACUUUCUAGGGUUCCCAUCAAGAUCUUUGAGUUAUUUCUUAGCUCCGGAGCUGUUUCAGCAAAUUGGCUGGAAAGAUCCCCUGAAGUGGUCGGAAUUUCUUGCAAAAAUAUUCUGUUCUUUGUUUCCUUGUGCGUUUUUAGUGUGGGAAACACCGGCAUUGGGGUUCGUUGAUCUUGGAAGGCUUUAACGUGGGUUGAAACUGCAGUUUCUGCUGCUGUUGAUUUGGAUGCUUGGAUCGUGGGGGCUUUCAUCCCUCUUGGUCUUUCCACAUGCUUUGAUGGAAUAGAGUGAAUUAUUAUGUGGAGUUCUGCUCCAUAAGCGAAGGCUCAUCUCGAGUUCGUUUAUGGGGCAGCCUCAGAUACUUUCUGGCAGCGUUGUAUCUUCUGGCCAUUAUGCAGACGAGGCUUGUUCUUUGUGCAUGUGUUGUGUAAUUCCAGUAGGUGAAUGGCAGAUCCUCUGAGAAAUGGUUCUGUUGAGAGGGAUGUUGAGCAGGCAAUCACAGCCUUAAAGAAAGGAGCACAUCUAUUGAAGUAUGGGCGAAGAGGGAAGCCAAAGUUUUGUCCUUUCAGGCUUUCUAAUGAUGAAUCUUUACUAAUUUGGUAUUCUGGAAAGGAUGAGAAACAGCUUAAACUUUGUCAGGUUUCAAAAAUCAUACCUGGGCAGCGUACUGCAAUAUUUCAGCGGUAUCCACGGCCCGAUAAAGAAUACCAGUCAUUUUCUCUUAUAUACAAUGACAGAUCGCUAGAUCUGAUCUGCAAGGAUAAGGAUGAAGCUGAAGUGUGGUUUGUUGGACUGAAGGCAUUGAUUUCACAUGGAAGUCAUCAGAAGUUGAGAUCCGAAUCAAGAGGUGAUAGGACUUCCUCUGAUAGUCCAUCCACGCAUAUUCAGAAAAUCUCGCCGUUUACAUCGCCCUUCAGUGGUAGUGAUAUCUCCCAUAAGGAUUCCAAAGAUGACCAACAAGUCAAUAUUCCAUAUGAGAGCCAUCCAGUCAAAAGUUUGGGAAGAGUAUUUUCUGAUGUGAUAUUGUAUACUGCACCAGCCAGGAGUUUGUUUCAUUCAGAAUCUUUAGGUAAAUCUAUCUCUUCAUACUCAUCAGGAGCGGCAGAUAAUGCAAAUGGCCAGGCCUCUGCAGUUGACACUGUUAGAGUAAGUCUAUCUAGUGCUGUUAGCUCAUCAAGCCAUGGAUCAGGUCAUGAGGAUUUUGAUGCACUAGGUGAUGUUUUCAUUUGGGGAGAAGGUUUAGGUGAUGGGGUUCUUGGUGGUGGUCUCCAAAGGGUUGGAAUUUCAUCGACCGCUAAGAUUGAUGCAUCAUUGCCAAAAGCCUUAGAAUCAGCAGUAGCGCUUGAUGUUCACAAUCUAGCUUGUGGUAGGGGGCAUGCAGUUUUAGUUACCAAACAAGGGGAGGUUUUUAGUUGGGGAGAGGAGUCAGGAGGUAGGCUUGGUCAUGGAAAUGAUGCUGAUGUUUCCCAGCCAAAGCUCAUUGAUGCCUUAAGUGGUAUGAAUGUUGAACUUGUAGCAUGCGGAGAAUAUCAUACAUGUGCUGUCACUUUGUCAGGUGAUUUAUAUACAUGGGGUGAUGGGGUGCACAGUUCAGGUCUCCUGGGCCAUGGGAGUGAUGUGAGUCACUGGAUUCCUAAGAAAGUCUGUGGUCCAAUGGAAGGUCAGCAUGUGUCCUCUGUAUCUUGUGGACCAUGGCAUACGGCCAUUGUGACAUCUGCAGGACAGCUGUUUACGUUUGGUGAUGGAAUCUUUGGUGCUCUGGGUCAUGGAGAUCGUAGAAGCACAAACAUACCAAGAGAAGUUGAAGCUCUCAGAGGAAUGCGUGCUGUCCGUGCAGCUUGUGGUGUUUGGCACACUGCUGCAAUUGUGGAAAUUUUGGAUGCAUCUUCUGAUUCUGGUAGCUCUUCAACAGGGAAGCUAUUCACAUGGGGAGAUGGCGAUAAAGGUCGACUUGGACAUGGUGACGGAGAAACCAGACUCCUUCCAACUUGUGUAGUAUCUCUUUCUGAUAGCUUUUGUAAGGUAGCUUGCGGGCAUGACAUAACUAUUGGUUUAACAACUUCUGGACGUGUUUAUACAAUGGGAAGUACUGUCUAUGGGCAACUUGGUAAUCCUGAAGCGGAUGGGAAACUUCCUACGUGUGUUGAAGGAAAGAUUUACAAUAGUUUUGUUGAAGAGAUAUCAUGUGGUGCCUAUCAUGUUGCUGUAUUGACCUCAAGAACUGAAGUCUACACUUGGGGCAAAGGAACAAAUGGCCGUUUAGGCCAUGGUGAUAGUGACGACCGAAAUACUCCAACACUUGUUGAAGCUCUGAAAGACAAACAAGUGAAGAGUGUUGUAUGUGGUGCAAGUUUUACUGCCGUCAUCUGUCUUCACAAGUGGAUUUGUAGUGCUGACCAGUCCGUAUGUGCUGGUUGUCAUCUCCCUUUUGGUUUCAGAAGAAAGCGUCAUAAUUGUUAUAAUUGUGGUUCAGUCUUUUGCAAAGCAUGUAGCAGCAAAAAAUCUACUGGAGCUUCUUUAGCACCAAAUAUUAAUAAGCCAUAUCGUGUAUGUGAUGAAUGUUAUACCAAGCUUAAGAAGGCAAUGGGGGAUGGUAAAAUUCCUCGAUUUCCAAAGCAUCAAAGUGGAAGCACAAACCAGAUGCCUGGUGAACUGGCUGACAAAGAUUCACUUGCUCCUAGAAUGCAGGGACAGUUUUCUAGGCUCUCCUCAGUUGAAUCUUUUAAAAGUGAGGGUAGAGAUUCUAGGGAAUCAAAUAAUAGGCGGCAUAAUCCAAUGCCAAAUCAAUUGAGAAACUUAUACCCAUCAAGCUCUUCAAAGUUUCUUCAAGCAUCUUCAAAGAAAAUAUUCUCUGCUUCUGUCCCGGGUUCAAGAGUAGCUUCUCGUUCAACAUCCCCUACAUCAUGUAAGCCAAGUUCACCACAUUCAAUGCCCACAGCACCUGGAAUUGAUCUUACUUGCAUGGAAAUUUUGGAUGUUGAUUCGAAGCCAAAUAAUGAGGAUCUAAGACAAGAAGUCAUUAUGUUGCAGGCACAGGUAGCUGAGCUAAUGUGUAAAUCACGACUUCUAGAAGUGGAAUUGCAGAAAGCAACAAAACAGUUGAUAGACACCAAAGCAAUAGCUAGUGAAGAAACUGCGAAGUGCAAGGCUGCAAAGGAAGUAAUCAAGUCUCUAACCUCACAGCUUAAGGUUAUGGCUGAAGGAGUACCAGAAGGUUGUCUGAUUUCCCAUAACUGUGGAUAUAGCUAUACAUCUGACUCAUUAAAACUUCCUUCCAGUGACAACAUAACAAGCAACUUGCUAGCUUCACAGGUUUCCGAGUCAAACAGUAACUUGGGUAAUCCACUGGCCAGCAAUGGAAAUCACACAUUGCCUGAAGCAGCAGAAUGGGUUGAACAGGCUGAACCAGGUGUUUACUUUACCAUAUCUUUUUUGCCUGGAGGCAAUAAGUGUCUCAAGCGAGUGCGCUUUAGCCGAAAAAGAUUUAGUGAGCAACAAGCAGAAAAGUGGUGGUCAGAGAAUCGAUCAUGGCUUCAGGAGAAAUAUACCAUUCUUAGCGGUGAAAAUUCUACCACUGGCUCUACUUAAGCAUCUUGCAGGAAGAAAGGCUUGGUUGACUAAGCAGUGGUGCCACAAACUCUCCUCCCCCACCCCUCCCCUCCGGUAACUGUAAAUAUACCUACCAACCGGUGGAUGAUGCACAUACCAGCAGUUUUGAUAAGAUAAAUAGCCACACGUCGCUAAUUGUCUUUGCUGCUGCCUUAGAGGGAUGCUUGUGCAGUUGCUUUUUCUUUUCUUGUCAACCCCAAAUCACAGGCUGACUUGCUCUUUGCCGAGAUGCUAUGUAUCAUCCUUGCUCCUAAUUUUUUUUGCCCAAGAUCCACAUGAAUUUUUUUUUUUUUCGGUUGAGGUUUCAUCAUAUGUCGUCUGUAGGUUGUACUUUAUAUGAUCGAAGUCAUGGAUGGAACAUAGGAGGUAGUAUAACCUAUAUAGUUAGUAAUGUUCUCUAGUUAAAACUGUUCCCAAAAAAAAAAGUUAUUACUGUUCUUUGAUCGCUCAAUAAGAAAGGGUUGGCAUGAGAUUGCAUACGUUGGAACAGUGCUUCAUCAUGGAUGCUUAUCAUCCUAUUGCAGAACUCACGAUCUUACGCGUUUUGAAGUGCAGAGAAACUAAUGUGGAUUUCUGUGAACUUUUCUAUCUCAAUAUUAUUUGUUUUUUCUCUCU